AAGCCAGAGAGGACGCUACUAGUCCCCCAUUGCUUCCUCUCCAUCUUCCUCCUCACUAGUCUCUCACCUUCCUCCUCAUCCUUCUUCUUCUUCCUCUUAUUCUACUUCUUCCCUCCCUCCUUUAAAUAUCAUCUUCCUCCUCUUCGCCAUUAAUUCCAAAGACAAAAACCUUUCACUUAACAUUCUCAUUUUUUGUUCCAUAACCUUAUACACACUUCCCAGGCCAGAUCUCCACUUCGUUCCAAUAUUUCCAAAGAAGAACACCUGACCUCAUCAUAUGGGCAAGAAGAAGAUGAAUCUUUUACCUGCUCUCUUCUCCUCCAAGAACAGGGCAGAAACGGGGCAGCCACGGCAGUGGGCCUCCUGCAAGCACCCCAAGACCCUGUCCUUCCGAGCCGGGGAUGACAAUGGCGGUGAAGGUAUAUUCAAGACUGUGAACUCUAUCUUCUUCGACCCGAGCAUGAACGGGAUCCGGGGGCUCGAUGGCCACUCUCCCGAGGCCGCCUCGUGGUUGUUCACAAGCACGUCCGAGUCUGCGAGCUACUCCACUGAGGUGUCAGAGGACCUGGUGGCUGACGAGUCGCUUGAGGUGCUCGUUCGCGGGGCGAGGUCGGAUCGGCUCUUCUUCGAGCCCCAGGGGGACACUAGCUCGAUCAUUGGACAUCCUGGGAGCGUUGACGCCCUCGUCCCGCCGUUCAAGGAGAGCGUAGUCCUGGCUAUGGAGUCGGAGAACCCUUACGUCGACUUCAGGAGAUCGAUGGAGGAGAUGGUGGAGAGCAAUGGGAUCAAGGACUGGGAGUGCUUGGAGGAGCUCCUGGGAUGGUACUUGAGAAUGAAUGGGAAGGAGAAUCACGGGUUCAUCGUCGAAGCCUUCAUCGACUUGCUUUUGAACCUCAGCAAAGGUACCAAAGAUGACUCAUGCGGAGGUUUUAACAAGAACAUGGAAGUUACUUCUUUUUCAUCGGCUGCUUCUUCGUUUUCUGAUGAUUCAUCAUCAGAUCCUUCUGUGAGAGAGGAAAAUGUUGCUGGGAUCAACGAGGAAGAGAAGACGAUGAUGACGAUAACGUCGGUAUCUUAAUUAGGAUCUUUUAAUCCCGUUUGAGUGUAAUCGAUCUCUGUCUUUCUCAUGAUCUCUAUUGGAAGUUUAUUUUGUGUA